UGCUGUAGACUUUACUUCUCUCUGCGCCUGCGCGGUGCUGCUCCUUUCCUGCCCGAUUCCGAGCCGCGUUGCAGCGUGUGUGUGUGAGGGGUCGGUAAGUGCGGGGUCGUGACUCAGACCCACCGGCGCCAUGUCGCGUUUCUUUGCCACCGGCUCAGACAGCGAAUCAGAAUCCUCGCUCUCCGGAGAUGAGAUCCUGCCCAAGCCCGUGGGGGGCACCUUCGGCAAACAGCCCAUCAUUCUCAGCGAUGAUGAGGAGGACACCAAGCGAGUGGUGCGCAGCGCCAAGGAUAAAAGGUUCGAGGAACUGACCAACCUGAUCAAGACCAUCCGCAACGCCAUGAAGAUCCGGGACAUGACCAAGUGCCUGGAGGAGUUUGAGCAGCUGGGCAAGGCUUUCAUCAAGGCCAAGAACAUCGUGGACAAGGAGGGGGUCCCUCGCUUCUACAUCCGCCUACUCUCCGACCUCGAGGACUAUCUCAAUGAGCUCUGGGAGGACAAAGAGGGGAAGAAGAAGAUGAACAAGAACAACGCCAAAGCGCUGAGCACCCUGCGCCAGAAGCUGAGGAAAUACAACCGCGACUUUGAGGCGCCCAUCGCUGCCUAUAAACAGAACCCCGAGGAAUCUGCCGACGAAGAUCAAGAGAAGGAUGAAGACUCAGAGGCUUCCUCCUCCAGUGACGAUGACAGCGAUGAAGGGAUGAGCGCCAGCAAGUUCCUAAAGAAAGCCGACUCCGCCCCCCCGGAAUCCCGCAGCAAGUUCCUCAAGAAAGAGGAGGCAGAGGAUGAGGAGUCGUCGUCGGAUGAUGAAGAUUGGGGCUCCGACUCCGACGAAUCUGAUUCUGAUGAAUCCGAUGACGAAAACAAAUACACAUCGAUGGCCUCGCGCUUCUUGAAAAAGACGGUAAAUGAGGGCGACCGCCAGGCGGCGGAGAAGAAGAAAGAAGAGAAAGCCAAGAAGAAGCAGCACCGCAAAGUGAAGAGGAAGGAUGAGGAGGGAGAGGAAGAAGAAGACGACAAUGAAGGGGGAGGCGAGUGGGAAAAAGUCAAAGGAGGCGUCCCAUUGGUUAAGGAAAAGCCCAAGAUGUUUGCUAAAGGCACAGAGAUCACUCCGCCCAUAGUUGUUAAGAAGCUGAAUGAGAUCCUUCAGGCCCGGGGCAAGAAGGGCACAGACAGGGCCGCUCAGAUCGACCUCCUCCAUUUAUUGGCCGGAAUCGCCGAGGAGAAUAAUUUGGGCCAAGGAAUCGCCGUCAAGAUCAAGUUCAACAUUGUGGCCUCCCUGUACGACUACAAUACUAACCUGGCCACCUACAUGAAGGCAGACAUGUGGAAGAAGUGCUUGGACUCCAUCCAUGAUCUCCUGGACAUUCUCUUCGCCAACUCCAACAUGUUUAUCGGGGAGCACAUCUCCGAGGAUUCAGAGAAUCUGAGCAACACGGACCAGCCCCUGCGCGUCCGUGGCUGUAUCCUCACCCUCAUCGAGAGGAUGGACGAAGAGUUCACCAAGAUCAUGCAGAACACAGACCCCCACUCACAGGAGUACGUGGACAACCUGAAGGACGAGGCGCGAGUGUGCGAGGUGAUCGAGAGAGCCCAGAAGUACCUGCAGGAGAAGGGGAGCACGGAGGAGGUGUGCAGGGUCUACCUGAGGAGGAUCAUGCACACCUACUAUAAGUUCGACUACAAGGCCCACCAGCGGCAGCUCAGCACCGGGCAGGAGUCCAAGUCGGAGCAGGACCAGGCGGAGAACGAGGCGGAGGACAGUGCGAUCCUUAUGGACCGACUGUGCAAGUAUAUAUACGCCAAGGACAGGACGGACCGAAUCCGAACCUGCGCCAUCUUGUGCCACAUCUACCAUCAUGCACUGCACAACCGCUGGUUCCAGGCCCGUGACCUCAUGCUGAUGUCUCACCUGCAGGACAAUAUCCAACACGCAGACCCCCCCGUACAGAUCCUGUAUAACCGCACCAUGGUGCAGCUGGGCAUCUGCGCCUUCCGGCAGGGCAUGAUCCGUGAUGCCCACAACGCUCUGCUCGACAUACAGUCAAGUGGCCGGGCCAAGGAGCUGCUGGGCCAGGGGCUUCUCAUGAGGACCAUGCAGGAGAGGAACCAGGAGCAGGAGAAGAUAGAGAAGAGGCGGCAGAUCCCGUUCCACAUGCACAUCAACCUGGAGCUGCUGGAGUGCGUCUACCUGGUGUCGGCCAUGUUGCUGGAGAUCCCUUACAUGGCGGCACAUGAGUUUGAUGCCAGGAGGAGGAUGAUCAGCAAACAGUUUCACCACCAGCUCCGUGUGGGAGAGAGGCAACCGCUUCUAGGGCCCCCGGAGAGCAUGAGGGAACACGUAGUUGCUGCUUCCAAAGCCAUGAAGAUGGGAGACUGGAAGACCUGCAAGAACUUCAUCAUCAAUGAGAAGAUGAACGGGAAGGUGUGGGACCUAUUCCCGGAGGCGGAGCGAGUGCGGAGCAUGUUGAUCAGGAAGAUCCAGGAAGAAUCUCUGCGCACUUAUCUCUUCACCUACAGCAGCGUCUACGACUCCAUCAGGAUGGGCAUCCUGGGCGACAUGUUCCAGCUGGAGAUUCCCACAGUUCACAGCAUCAUUAGCAAGAUGAUUAUUAACGAGGAGCUGAUGGCAUCGCUGGACCAGCCCACACAGACAGUGGUGAUGCACGGCACAGAGCCCAGCUCCCUACAGAACACCGCCCUGCAAUUGGCCGAGAAGCUUGGGAACCUGGUGGAAAACAAUGAGAGGAUAUUUGACCACAAGCAGGGCAGUUAUGGGGGCUACUUCAACAGAGGCGACAGAGGUGACAGAGACCAGAAGGAUCAGUACCAGAGGAAAGAGGGCGGAUACAUGAGGAGGGGCUACAGGCGAGACCAACAGGGUCAGAGCAAUUACUGAUCGGCCAAUCAGCAUUCUGGCUCAUUCCAUGGAAGACUGCUCAGCAGCGCCACCUGGUGGUGUUUUAUUUGUUAUGUAUUAAUAAAGCGAUUCUGCCGAGA